AUGUCUUCAGAUAGAUUGGUCGACUAUGUCUUUCUUGCCGGCCUGCCCAAUGACUUUCACAUAGAUCUACUGGAAAAGUCACCACCCAACAUUGAAAUCAAAUCCGAUGACUUGCACAAUCCUAAAGCAACUGUUACGACUACAAUUCAAAGAAACAGUGAUGACGCCGGGUUAGCUGAUGUCGCUAAUGCGAGUGAGCAUUCCGCUGACAUCUUGUUCGAGAACAUACGUUCUAGCAUCUCGCGUUUCGACCACGAGCGCGACGAAUUUCUAAGGUCUGUUGGGCGAGCUUCUAUGUCCAAGGUCCCAGAAGACGCCCACGGUGAUAGAAUGUCGUUUAUCAACAGACACAAUUCUACGUCGCGUGGAAGAUCGUUAUAUAUGGGUAAUAGCUUGAAGAGUGUAGACGAAGAUCCGCCGGAUCUCCUAACGCCUACGAUUAUAGAACCUCGGCACCAGAAUAAUGUUACUGUAGAAGAGAAUGAUCAACGUCGAACGUCAUAUUUGAACGUGGCACCUAUUUCGAAAGACAAGGAAGCAGCUGAUAAGGGGGAUCAUCCAUUGAAACUCAAAUUUUGCCCACGUCUCCUUGCUCGUUAUCCGCCAACUGAUUAUUCGAGCAAAGAAGAUUUUCCCUCUUAUAUACCUAUGGUAAUGACUCAAGAAGACGGAUCGAGGCGUUAUGGUGGUUGCUUGACUACUUAUGAACCGUUGCCUGAUCGUCUUGUCAAAGAGGUUAAGAGCCUGCACGAAAAGUGGUGUCGGGAAAACUUGACGGUCAAUGAAAUCGAUUAUUGCGCCCAUCUCGCCGAGAAAAUUCGAGAUGAAAAACAACGUAUGAAGUUGGCCCAAAUGAGAAUUUCCCAACAUGGAGCACAGAUGACGUCACAGGCGCUUGCUGAGACCGAGCGAGAAAGAGUCGAUGCGGAAGAGAAGCUUGCAUUGUAUACUCAGCUUUUGCAACCGACCAAGCUCGGUGUUAUAGAUACCAGCAAUUUAUGGAUUCCAAAAUGCAUCGGAGUGAUAUGUCAGUUGCCUUGGCAUGAUGUUAUGAGGGACUGGCUAUGUGCUGUCGCAUGUUCGUCGAUUGAAGGACUGAAACCUAGCAAACAACAGAGUCGUAAUUUGCCGUUAGAAAGAUAUAUUGUCAACAUUGUUCAUGAGGUACCGCUUCCCCCUCCCGGUAGACUUCAAGUUGCUAUUACUGUUGAUGACACGCAACUCUUCUGUUCCAGGCCUGCACUAAAUCAAAUUCCCAUAAUGAAGGACGUUGCUCUAGCGGAAGAAAAAAUACUUUUGAUAUCAUCUUACCCGGAUAUGUUAUUUGUUGUGGCUCAUAGCAUAAGUUAUCUUAUCUACCCACUCUCCUGGCAAGGGGUUUUCAUUCCAAUACUUCCGGCUCGACUAUUAGGAUGUGUGCAGGCACCUGUACCGUAUAUUAUGGGUAUUGAACGUCAAUACAAGGGAAUGGAUCUACUUCCUGAAGAUGCUUGUAUUGUGGACCUUGACAAAGAUUGCAUAAUGAUUGCUGAAAUGCCCUGCCAGGUCCCACCAAGACAAAGACGUAAAUUGGUACAAUCCCUAGAAGCUUAUGCUCCCCUGCAUUCCCAUUAUAACAUUCCAUUUGGUCCACCUCUUUAUAUACAGCAAGCAUAUCCACACAAUCGGUUUAUGCCAAUUUCUGAAAAAUCAAAAAUUUUUGAACAAAAUAAGCGAAUCACUUCAGUUGUGGGAAUGCCAGUUCGAUCGAGUCCAAUGACAUUCGCAGCACCCUCCAGAAAUAAUUAUCGCAAUUCUGUGAUGAUUCCUGAUGUUUACAUUCCACCAGAAGCUGGGAUUUCGCCAACUUUCCAAUCGACCCCUGGGAAAGUAGAUUAUGUCUCCAACAGGUUCUCAAGAUCCAAUUUUUCAUUACAGAGUGUCCCUGCACCUGGUUAUCAAAGGCGGUUUUCCACUUUUACUGCAGUGGAGGGCCGUGAAAAGAGUGUCAAAAGUGAAAAGAUUUUUUCAGCGACAGAAAAAUUUAACAGGAAGCCAAAAGAUCGCUUUGGAACACUGAACAGUGCGCGCAAUUCUAUCAUGUCAUUGCGCAGCAAAACACUGAAUCGUCAGAGUGUAUUUGGUCUGAAGAACAGCGGAAUCAAUGCCAAAGGAAAUAUGAAUAUUCCCGAAUCACUCCAACAAGAUAAUCUGUCAUUAUAUGAUGAUGCUGGUUCAAGCAUUUUAUUCGAUCCAUCUGAACGUAUACCAACAGAGCGCAAAUUUUUGCCCAGAGAAGGUCAUUUGAUGGUUGAGAUUGAGGAUGAUGAUAGUAGCCAAAACGGAAUUACCACUUGGAUGUUGGAAGGGCUUGCAUGUGGUAUCUGCAAAGAGAGUUUGGGAAUAAAUACUGUUUUCAAAUGCGAAGGUUGCUCGAUGGUGGCGCAUGAAGAAUGUCUUGAUGACAUUGUCUACCCAUGCAUGCCGGCAUGCUUUGAUGAACAAAAAGUGCAUGACGCCUUUCUACGCGUCUUUGCCUCCUUAUUGAGUAACUAUAGAAAUCUUUUAGUAACUCAACUCGGUGGUGUUGAUGGACCCCAUAAAGAUGGAGAUCAUAACAGACGUCUCACAACCUUAAUGGAAGAUAAUGAAGUGUUCAAGAAAGAUGCAUUUCUUAAAUUAGCAGAGAAAGAAGCCAAGCCAUUCCUAUCCAGAUUGGUCGAUUCACAAGCAUUCUCCCAUUUCAUUCAUGAACGAGUGGUGUCGCCUCCAGAUAAGCACGACAUUAGGUACUUUGACGAGAUGGUUACUGCAAAGCUGAAUAGAUCAAAGUUGAAGCUUGCAAAAGAAGCGACGUUUUUCCUUGAUGAUACCUCCUAUGCAGUUUCACAAACACUCCGAGCUGUGCAACCAAAAGCCGGUGAACUUGACGAUUCCAAAGUUAAGAGUAAGAAGACUCUACCAUCUUCGUUCAAUCCUCAAUUAAUGUACAAGCCAAGACCGCGGCAGUCAUUGCGUCAUUUAAUGUAG